UUUAAAAUGGCGUACUUGUGGAAAACAAGUAUUCUCUCAACAAAGUAUCAAGGAGAUUAAUUCAACUUAGACCAAAACCUUAUCAGUCAAAGUGUCUACACGAUCUACUAGUUUGCACUAAAUCUUCUUAGAGUGGCACAAAACUUUUAAUUUGUAACGUCAACCAAAAAAAAAAAAGUGUCAAGUUAAAAAGAAACGGUGUUGACUCUGCGUCCCAUUUGACUGCUCAGACCAUCAGCGGAGGCUCGUUAAGAUUUGUUUUUUUCAAAUCGAGGCUGUCUAAAAGGGAAAGCUUGGCUGAAUGUCAAUGAGAAGGUGGUGCAUGGACUGAUAGGAUAGCUCUUAGACUUCAACUUGAAGUCAUGGGUCAACAAGGGUCUCGUGAAACUGGUCAGCAUGGUUUUCGAUCUACUGGUCAUCAGUCAACAUAUAAAUGUUACCCAUCCCAGUGUAAUGGCUCUCAAGAGUGGCCCCGAUGGGCCACAGGGCUCACUCAAGGUCUGCCUCAAGAUGGUGACCGUGGUUUGUUUCGGGGGGAGUUCAUUUUAGUACAGGCCCCACAAACCAUCGGACAUAAUGUCGAGACUCACCCACAGUGUCUGCAGAUCUACAGAAAUCAAUAUCGUCAUCAUUUUAUGAACGCCGCUACUUGCCCUGAAGAAAGUUCAAUACACUUCUCUCAAACCGGCAGAAACUUUCCUGGCUAUAGACUCUCUCGCGCCGUCAGUUCUACCAACAGAGACUGCCCUCAACUUGUCAAGACGAAACUUGGGCAUAUCCCUGAGGAGGAAGAUGAUGACCAGGACAGCUCUAGAGGUCAGAAGGAGAACAGGUGUGACAAUGCUAACAAAACAGAUAAGACUCGGGCCACUCAGUUUCUUAGUUGUGACGGGUCAAGUGAUGACCACUAUGCUAGCAAAACUGACGCUAGAGACUCUACAUUUCAUUAUUUCGCCACUAACCUCAUCAAGCCAGUCUUUGUGACGUCACAACGAUACGGUUCAUUUCAGACAAUGACGUCUCGCUACACUCCUGUGAAACAAAGACAGGAUAUAAGACAAAGUUAUUCCUUGCCGCGUCACAAAACUAUACUUAAUGGUCAAAUGAAACCAUUCAACCAUCGCAGUGGCCGCUCUACAAAUGUGUCUGAUUACAACAAACCACAGUCCCAGAGGCGUUCUACUUUAGUUCAAAAUGAAAACAAUGUAUAUGACAUCCCAGAAUCCACAGGAAAACCAUCCAAUGAUUUCAACAGACCAUCAUCUCCCAUUGAAGAUUACAGCUCCAGUGAAUCAGGAAUCUCUGAUAGUGAUGAGGUCAGCACUCAAUACAUUUCUAAUCCAAAUCUCUUUCAAGGAGGUAGACGAAGAAAACACAAGGACAAAAUGUUGACAAAGUUUAGACGUAAAAGUUCCUCGGCUGACUCGGCUAUCAAAGACUUAGACAAUUGGUCUUCCUAUAGCUCCGACAAAACUGCAAGUCCGACUCAAUUGAAAACGAGAGCAAGUUGCCCGGAUGUGCACCAAAUGAAAUACGUAAAACAUAAAGACAAAAGACAUCGUGAAAUACCUACACAUAAAGAAGAGACAAGUCGAACCAAUCCAAAGAUGGUCUCAGAGCACAAUUCAGAACAUGAAUCAAAACAAAGUAGUGAAGACGAGGAUGAUGUAUCAUGUGUUUCUAGGAAUGAAAAGAACAAAACAUCAGGUCCUGAUGUAUCACUGUUUGAAGUAAGCUUGACCUCUGAGAGGCUGUGCAGUUUGGAUUGUGACACUGACAAAACUGAUUCGGACAGUCCAAAUUCAAAGAUAGUUUCUGACAACAGAAAUCACAAAACUGACUCAAACAUUUUGUAUAAGGCCUCUAAAAAAUCUAAAUCUCUUUCUACAAAAAAUUUUGGAGAAAGUAUUUCUGUUCUGGGAACUAUCUCCAAGACAUCUUCCAAGAAUUGUAAAUCUAACAUGUUUCACAUUCAGCCUGAUCAAUUCAAAUCAAAAACACUUGAGCCUGCAAGUAAAGGUCGAGAAGAUGUUUCUGCCCACUCAGAUUUUUUGACCCUUAAAAAAAACACCCGAUGGAAACGCCUUGAAACAGAGUCUGUUAACAACACUUGUAAAACUAGAAUCAGAGAGCUUCAAGAUAUAUUAAUGAAACAAUCUCUACCAUUGUCUAGUCCAGAAACACUUUUUUCUAUUACUGUCUCAGACAGAUCGGAAGAAAAUGUUACAGGAAACUCUGACACUCAAGCUAAAUCAACAAAACCAGGGACCGGAAACUGUAAGAUUGUUUUAGAUGAGGGUCUCGAUGACUCAGAGAAGCUAAAUAAAUCUAAUACAGACAAUAUGAAACAUAAAUAUGUUGACCAUGAAAAACCAUCUCCCAACAUGCCGAAGAGAUGUUUCAUCACUGAAAAAUCCUCACCUAAAACAAUGCAAAAGUGUGUAGACUCAGAUAAAUUAUCACCGAGAACCUUACAAAAAAAUAUUGUUUCAGAUAAAUCCUCUCCUAUGACAAUACCAAAGAGCGUUACGUCAGACAAAUCAUCGCCCAUGACUAUACCAAAAAGUGUUACCUCAGACAAAUCGUCCCCUAUGAUAAUUCCAAAAAGUGUUACGUCAGACAAAUCGUCCCCCAUAACAAUACCAAAGAGUGUUAUCUCAGAUAAAUCAUCUCCCAUAACAAUACCAAAGAGUGAUGUCUCAGACAAAUCUUCAACAAUGACAAUACUAAAGAGUGUUGCCUCAGAUAAAUCUACAUCUGGUAGGAACAAAGCAGAAUUGAAAGCAGAUUUAACUGUUUUGGCAGAAAACGUCACACUGCCCCCUCCACCUCCUGCACCUCCUUUGCCUGAUAAGUUUUUACGUAACUAGGCAACGACUCUGGAGCUUAUGGACGGAGAAUGUUUAAGAUUACCAGAGGUCUGGCGAGGGCACAUCCUCCAUUUUUUUUUUU